GCUCAGCGCAGCAUUUUGCUCGGCAGCGGUCGCAACCUGGAGAAAAACCUGGUGCAUCUCAGCAGCGAAACUCCUCUGCCGCUCACUUUCACCUCCCUCGGGGCCCGAGACACCUGCAGGAAGGGGAGCAGCCAACGGGCAAGACCAGCCGGAGCGGAAAACGAAAGCUGCCCCAUCAUCCUCGCUGCCAAGACCAUGGCUGCAGACAGCCCUGCUGAAAGUUUCCGCGACGAAGCCUCCUGCUCCAUCUGCCUGGGCUUCUUCCAAGACCCCGUCUCCAUCCAUUGCGGGCACAACUUCUGCCGGGCGUGCAUCACCCGUUGCUGGGAGGAAGCCGAGGAGAAUUUCGCCUGCCCUCAGUGCAAAGAGACAGCCCCGCAGAGAAACCUGAGACCCAACCGGGAGCUGGCAAAAAUAAUCGAGAUAGCCAAGCGGCUGAGCUUGCAGGCAGCCAAAGGAGGGGCAGGGGGGGAGAGGCUGUGCGAGAAGCACCGGGAAGCUCUGAAACUCUUCUGCGAGGAGGAUCAGACCCCCAUCUGCCUAGUUUGCAGAGAGUCCCAGGCUCACCGGGUCCACGCUGUGGUGCCCAUCGAGGAGGCUGCGGAGGAGCACAAGGAGAAAUUCCAGGCUCACGUGCAGAUCCUGAAGGACAAGAGAGAAAAGCUGCUGGGGUUGAAAAUGGCCGAGGAAGGGAAAAGCCUGCACUUCCUCGAACAAGUGGAAACGGAGAGGCAGAAGGUUGUGUCUGAAGUCAAGGAGCUGCACCAGUUUGUGGAGGGACAGGAACGUCUCCUCUUGGACCGGCUGGCAAAGCUGGACCAGGAGAUCAUGAGGAGACAGGAGGAGAACAUCAACAGGCUCUUGGAAGAGAUCUCCUCCAUUGGCGAGCAGAUCCGUGAACUGGAGGAGAAGUGUCAGCAGCCAGCGUGUGAAUUCCUUCAGGACAGCAGAAACAUCUUGAGCAGGCUUGAGAUGAAUGGUGCCCAGAAGCCAGCAGAGACAUCACCUGAGCUGGGAGAGAAACCCACCGGUCUUCCUCAGAAAAAUGCUGCCCUCAAAGAGAUGCUGAUGAAAUUUCAAGUAAGUUUGACGCUGGAUCCAGAGACAGCACAUCCCCGGCUCGUCCUGUCCGAGGAUCGCAAGCGGGUGAGAUGGGAAGACACCCGCCAACCUGUCCCCGACAACCCCAAGCGCUUCGACUCGUCUCGCUGUGUCUUGGGCUGCCAGGGUUUCAGCGCGGGACGGCAUUACUGGGAGGUGGAGGUGGGUGAUGGGGAAGCCUGGGCUGUUGGAGUGGCCAAGGAGUCGGUGAGGAGGAAGGGACGGAUCAGCGUCAACCCCAAGGUGGGCAUCUGGGCGGUGGGGCAGUGUGGGAGCCAGUACCAGGCUCUCACCUCUCCUACCAUCCCCAUCUCCCUGCUUGCUGCCCCCAAGGUGAUUGGGAUUUACCUGGACUAUGAGGCAGGGCGAGUGGCAUUUUUUGACUCCAAUAACGAGGCACCGAUCUUCACCUACCCCCCAACAUCCUUUGCAGGGGAGCAAAUCCUCCCCCUGCUCUGCCUGGGGAGGGGGUGCCAGUUCACACUCUCUCCCUGACCCCCCAUGGGACAGCAUCCCCUUGAGUCCUGCUGGGGGCUCGUCACCCCAGAGAUGGCUUUUGGGAGCGUGAAGAAUGCAUUACCUGGGACGGAAAAUUCUCCUUUCUCCAUCAUUUAUGUUAACAAGAAGCAUUGGUUGGUUCAGAGCUUGUACCGGAGAGGGGCUGCUCUGCUCCCCCCCAAAAACCUGCCUUGCUCUAUCAUCAGGUGGCUCUGCCGGCAAUGCUGCCCUGGCGCAUCCAUGCCCAUAAACCCUUUCCAAAAACCUCUCUGUCGGAGGACAGGGAUAGAGCUGAGCUGAACAUAUGCUGAGCUGGCUCCCAGUUUCUCUCCCUCCACCAUCUCCAACUGAUCACACUUCCCUGCUGUUUGCUGGACCCUUUUUUUAGUGCACUGAACUUUCAGCUGCGCGACUGAGCGUAGAUGCUGUGGACAGUGAUGCAAAAGCCUGGAGGACUUCAUGAUGGCUUCAAGUUUUAUGUGGCUUCUGACAAUGUGGUAAUAAUCUAAUCCAAGGGUGAGAUAGGCAAGGCCUGAUCUGGUGGAAGGGUACUUUAAAUCAUCAAAAGCACCGGCAUCCCUGGUGUGAGUUUGUGUUGGAUCAGUGCUUAGUGCUGUGUGACGUCCACACCUUUGGACUUUGUAAGGACUCACCUCUCCAUAUGCAGCCAUCCCGGCUACGGUCCCUCCAGGGUCAGCAGAGAACGGUGGCAAAUCAUAAUUUAUCUCAUCUAGAAAUGGCUCGACAAGUGCGCGUAGGAGUAUUUACUUCUCUCCUCUGAUUACAGAGGGAGCCCAGAUUAACUAGAUGGCAUGGACACGUCUCCUGCAGAUGCCCAAAACCAAGAGAAAUAAAUCCUUCCCAAGGCAGAGUUGGCUUUAACCUCUUUUUGAGCAACAGCCUGAGGCUGAGCUGUUGGCUAAUGAAUAUUUGGGGGCAUAAGGAGGAACCCAGGAGGGAUGGAGGGUGUUCACGGGAGCAUUUCCCAAUGGAUGGACUCAAGUGUUUUCAGCUAUCCAAACUGAUUGUACGGAUGUGCCUUUGAUCGCUUGAAAAGCUUUGUUUGCCUCAGCUGCCAAAUGCAAACUAUGGAAAUGAGAAUAAGAAAUUGCCUCCUGUGCA